AUGUCACCUGCCGCACCACAAGACGGGGAGCUCGUAGAUUGGGGCCUGCUCCAGCCGAUUCAAAAGAGCGAUGAUGAGGAGGAGGUGCUUCCAAGGCAGAAGAGCAAAGAGUUCGACAAGGGCGAGAAGAACGAGAAGAAUCCGCCGAAGUCGAAGAAGGGCCGAAGGGAUGGCCAGAAGCUCGACAUGAAGAAGCUCCUGACAGAGGCUCCGGGUUCGCACGUGAGCACCUCUCUUCCACAGGAGACUCUUCAAGUUUCCUUCCACAGGGGGAGCUUUAUGGGAAGCGCAUGUCUGAUGGGCUCUGACGAGAGUGAACAGACCUCAAGACCAAGCAUGCUUCGUAAGUCUGCAAGACCGGGGGGUGAUCUUAUUGCAUGA